CGUUUGCUGGGCCAGACCCGGUGGGCGAGGCCUAGCGGCAGGGGUAUGUUCCUGAGCUCGACCCGAAGGGCGGGGUCUGUUGCUGGGCCAGACACGGUGGGCGAGGCCUAACCGGCGGGGUAUGUUCCUGAGCUCGACCCGGAGGGCGGGGCCUGUUGCUGGGCUGGGGGUCGAGGCAGGGCCUGUUGCUGGGCCAGACACGGUGGGCGAAGCCUCCUGCUGCUUUGAACCAGGGAAUCAUAGAAAAUUUGCAACUCGGAAGGAGACCAUUUGACCCAUUGUGUCCUUGUUGGUUGGUGAAAAGCUGCCCAGCCGAAUUCCACUUCCCUGCACUCAGUUUAUAGUGUUGCAGGUCACAGCGCUUCAAGUAGACAUCCAAGUACUUUUUAAAUGUGAUGAGAAUUUCUGCCUCUACCACCCUUUCAGGCAGCAAGUUCCAGGUCCCUACCACCCCCUGGACAACUCGAAUGUUGUGCCAAAGGUUUGAAGAAAACCUAAUGUUCUAUUUGUAAUGGAUUUGAUUCCCCACUCAACAAUGAGAAGCUGUUCAUCACUUCACUCUGUACAACCCAAACCAAGACUCUCGGGCCUGACUCAGAUUACGCACAGUUUAUAUUUAAGCAAUGCUGUUGCUUCACACAACCAGAGUCUCUUGCAGGCCAGUGGAGUCACGUGUAUGAUCAGUGUGAUGCCAGAGGUGAUCAGCUCUACAUUUCCAGGCACUGAAUAUAUUAAUAUUCCUAUUGUAGAUUCUCCCAGUUCACAGUUAACUGAGUACUUUGACAUGGUGGCAGACAAAAUCCACCUUGUUGGAAAAUUGCAUGGACGAACAUUGCUACACUGUAUUGCAGGAGUCAGUAGAUCUGCCACUUUGUGCCUUGCUUACCUCAUGAAGUACUGCCACAUGUCUCUGCUUGAGGCUCAUGCUUGGCUGAGGGCAUGCAGGCCUAUAAUUAGGCCAAAUAACGGAUUCUGGAAGCAGCUGAUUGAGUAUGAAGAUAGGCUCUUUGGAAAAACUAGCAUCAAAAUGGUGAUGUCACCACUGGGAGUUAUCCCAGACAUAUAUGAAGAAACAACAAGAGGAAUGAUUCCUUGUUGAUACUGUACAUCCAAUGCAUAAUGUUUAUUUUGUCUCAGUAUGUUUGUGCUAUAAGUUACUACUGUACAUGUUUGCCCAUAAAGAUAUCCAUGGAUAAGAUAACAUUUUAAGUAUCACACAAAAUUGGCCCAAAGAUUCCAUGGCCCUCAUGCAAGUUAAGGGUCAACUUCAGAAAGCUCCUAUACAUUAAAAUGUUGUUCUUUAUAAUGUCUGGGGUCCACAAAUAUUUUCUCUCCACUACUCUCAUUUCAAAUACCCCAUUCUCACCCGCUCUUGUUCUGAUCAACCAGUGUGAUGAUAUUUAAGUGGAACAUCUCCCUUCUGCAGUCAGUCCUGGCUGCUGCUGAUUUGAAUCUUCUUUUCCCCUAGCUUUGCUGCUGGUCAGUUAUUGGUUCAAAAUCUGCAGUUGGACCUUUCAAUAACCCUAGGAUUCCGGAGGUAAAGCUGCCAUUAUAAUGUAUCUCAGCUUCUGUCGGAUGUACUGUCUUUGGAGAAUUGGCUGCAUUGAGAGGAUAUAUCCUUGUGUAAGAUAAACUCGCUCAAGCACCUCUUGUGAUCCAAACUAAGACAUGCAAUUAUAGACUUGUAUUCGAGUAUACUUGAACAGUUUUCUUGUGUACAUUGCAUUCAAUUUUAAAUUUAAUUCUAAUUUUACAGAGCUAGGCUUAAUAAAUUGCAGCACACCUUGGAGUAAGACAAAACCAAAAUAAGUUUGGAACUAUUUUUACAAACUACACAAAUAUAAUGUGUUUUUAACUGCCUACUUUUUGUAUGGUACCUACAUUUAACAUUAAAUUUUGGUGAUGGAGUAAUAAUAAUCUGUAAUAAGGUAAUAAAAAAUACAAUAUAAA